UACGAAUGCCUCUAACUAUAAAUGCAAAUCUAUUUAAAUCAAGUGAUACAUCAAUUUUACGUUGCUUGAUUUGGAAAUAAUCUGCAAAAGAAGCAAUAGCUAAACAUUUUAGUGUUGUUUGGGGAGUAGCUGCUGACAAUAAAGACCAAAAUAAAGACCAAAACAUAACUUAAAAACAAAACAAAACAAAAAAACACACAGCCCAAGACAGAUCAGAAACUAGGUGUAUGCAAGGCGCCAGGUUAUGACACUGUUCUCAGACAUCCACACGGCGCAAAAAGAAAACCUCACUAGGCAGCUUCGCACGUCCUCGGCGUAGGGGCUCCUGCGAGGUCCUAGUCCCUCCCUGGGAGCUAAGAGCAGAACAGAGGCUGUACCCGACUGCUGCUUGGAGGGAACCCUGGCUGAGUCCAGGGAGGAGGAGCCAGAGGCGGGGCGAUUGGAAGCAGCCACCUCAGCGAAGCUGCAGGAUUUCCGCAGGGCGGGAGCUGGUUAUCUCCCGGAAGAAAACGGCUCCUGUCACAGAAGUCUCGUGAUUGCUCUGGGAGCUUUGCUUAACCAUUUGGAAUUACAGAAGAAAGAAGGAUCUAGUGAAAUAUGGCUGCAGAGAGCCCUGCUAUGCGUCGGGUCCAGGUGGCAGAACAUCCCAGGUUACUGAAGCUAAAGGAGAUGUUUAACUCCAAGUUUGGAUCUAUUCCCAAGUUUUAUGUUCGAGCACCAGGAAGAGUCAACAUAAUAGGAGAGCAUAUAGAUUACUGUGGAUAUUCUGUUCUUCCUAUGGCUAUAGAACAAGAUGUGCUAAUAGCUGUAGAACCUGUGAAAACAUAUACUCUCCAACUGGCCAAUACAAAUCCCUUGUAUCCGGACUUCAGUACUAGUGCUAAUAACAUUCAGAUUGAUAAAACCAAGCCUUUGUGGCACAACUAUUUCUUAUGUGGACUUAAAGGAAUUCAGGAACACUUUGGUCUUAGUAACCUGACUGGAAUGAACUGCCUGGUAGAUGGAAAUAUCCCACCAAGUUCUGGCCUCUCCAGCUCCAGUGCUUUGGUCUGUUGUGCUGGCUUGGUGACGCUCACAGUGCUAGGAAGGAAUCUAUCCAAGGUGGAACUUGCAGAAAUCUGUGCCAAGAGUGAGCGUUACAUUGGUACUGAAGGAGGAGGCAUGGACCAGUCUAUAUCAUUUCUUGCAGAAGAAGGAACUGCCAAGUUGAUAGAAUUUAGUCCCCUGAGGGCAACUGAUGUAAAACUCCCAAGUGGAGCAGUGUUUGUGAUUGCCAACAGUUGUGUGGAGAUGAAUAAGGCAGCAACUUCUCAGUUCAAUAUCAGGGUGAUGGAGUGUCGGCUGGCUGCGAAGCUCCUGGCUAAAUACAAAAACUUGCAAUGGGACAACGUACUGCGGCUGGACGAGGUGCAGGCUAAACUAGGGAUUAGUCUAGAAGAAAUGUUGUUGGUCACAGAAGAUGCCCUUCAUCCUGAACCCUAUAACCCUGAGGAGAUCUGUAGGUGUCUGGGAAUUAGCCUGGAGGAACUCCGAACCCAAAUCCUGAGUCCAAACACUCAAGAUGUGCUUAUCUUCAAACUCUAUCAGCGGGCAAAGCAUGUGUACAGCGAGGCUGCGCGAGUGCUCCAGUUUAAGAAGACAUGUGAAGAAGCACCUGAAAACAUGGUCCAGCUGCUGGGAGAGUUGAUGAACCAGAGCCACAUGAGCUGCCGGGACAUGUAUGAGUGCAGCUGCCCUGAGCUGGACCAGCUGGUGGACAUCUGUCGGAAGUUGGGGGCUCAAGGGUCACGACUUACUGGAGCAGGAUGGGGAGGCUGCGCAGUAUCAAUAGUACCUGCGGACAAGCUGCCCGGCUUCCUAGCCAAUGUGCAUAAAGCUUAUUACCAGAGGAGUGAUGGAAGCUUAGCACCAGAGAAGCAGAGUUUGUUUGCUACCAAACCUGGAAGCGGGGCUUUGGUUUUCCUUGAGGCCUGAAAAAAUGUAAAAAAUCUCAGAGAAACUAUUUAGGACACUUAGGAAUUGGCAGGACUUUCUAUGCCACAGUAAAUUAAUCUUCUUUCUGUUUUGUAUUAUGAUGAAUGGUUGCUAUUAUAUCAAGAUAUAUUUUCAAGGAAAUGAUUGAAAGCUCUCUAUGCUUCAUAAUGAUUAUUUUUCCAUCUUAAAAUAUGGUUUUACUAUUAAGAGUCAAGAUGAUGCUUGGACAGAUCUUUUAAGAAUAAUUUACUGAGAUUUAUUCAUUUGAAGAUUUUAAAGAUGAAUGGUAAAACACACUCUUAAUACUGAUUACAUGAAUUGGACUUGAAUUAAAUAUAUUGUUAAAAUUAAACUGAUACCAUUGAAUUGUACGCAUUAUUCUUAAAUAGAGUUCAUUUCCGGUUUCUCUUAGUACUCUUCUUCCUCAAAGUUGUAGUUCUCUGUUGAUGAUGAUGAUGAUGACGACAGUGAUGCCACACAUUCUCUCUCAAUUUCAGCUUCAGAACGCUAUGAAAAUAAUACAUGAUUAAAGUUUCACAGAUUUUCUUGGACAUUGUAUAAUUGAAUGUGAGAUUUCUCCAAUUAUCAAGAGAGUAAGGAUUUUUUUUUUUUUUUCUGACAAAAGGAGGAUAUGGGAAGAAAAUUCAGACUCAUUUGAAUAUUUUUAAACCAUGUGAUAUCAUUGAAAUAACCACUUUCAAUUCUUUUGGCCCUGAGCUGUCUCCAUUACUUAACAGAAAAACUUAGAUAAAAAACACUUUAAGUCUCUUCUGUUCACAUUGAAAUAAAGAAUUAUCUAGAUGAUAAUUCAGAUAAUUCAGUUUGUUCAUAGAACUUACUUUCUUAUCACUCUUUUUCUACUACUUUUUCUCAAAUACCUCUCUAAUUGAAGAGCCACUUCCAAGAAAUCCCACACAUUCCUUAUAUCCCUUCUUUGUUUAUCUAGAAAAGCUUGUUUGUAUAUAUGCACCCCAGUAUAAAGCAGGUAUGCAAGUAUGUGGGUGAAAGUGACUAUGAAAAGACUUAAUGAAUUCUGGGAUUUGUAACGGUAUUGAUGGGUACCUCUGUAUGUACAUCAAGAGUGGGCAGAAAUGUUUGGCUAGUGAUGGCAAAUGACUGGCUUUCUCUCGUGGAUGGACUAUAGGAAGCACUUUCUGAAUUACAUAAUGAUUUGGACCAAAAAGUAUUUUGCUGAAAUACUCAGGUAAUUGAGAUAGCAGUGGUUUUAUGGCAUGAAUUAUCCAGAAAUAUCACAAUUACUUAUGAUUCUGUGAUUGCAUUGGCUCAUUAAUGUUUAACUCACAGAUUGGGCAUCACCCUCUAGAAUUUCAGUUUAAGGGAGGCCUGCGCAAAGCUGGCUUUAUUUCUUAAAGGAUAACAGUCAUACAUAGAAUACUAGGAAAGCCGAUAUUCUAUUUUAAAAUAAACUUCUGAUACAUUUUCAUUCUUAGCAGAAAGGUAAAUGCUUGAGAAAGCUUGAGUCAAAUUUGUUAAAAGAAUUUUGAGUUCUAUAAACCCAAAAAUCCAAAACCUGAAUUUAUUUAAAUUUAUAAUCUUUUAUUUUUUAAUACUGUGCCAUUUUCCACAAAGGAUUUGUGGUUGGUAUAUAAUUCUUUAGAGAUACCUGGAUCAGUGUAACAAAAAAAAAAAGGCGCUUGUCAUUGCUUUGCUGUUCCAUUUAAAAUUUUCACUAGGUGAUUUCUUCUUCACAAAAGGUGAGUAAAAAUUUCCAGUGUGCACUCUUCUUUGGGGGACACACAUGGUCAUCUAAGCGAGGGAUCUAUUCUAUAUGUGUUUUGAUUUCUCUCUUGAAAAAAAGAACUAUGUUUCAGUCUUACCAUCACUGUGUGGUAUUCUAGACAUUAUGAGAGAUGCCGAACUUACCUGGAAGGGAUAGGGCCGGGGCCAUUAGAAGAAAGAUCAUGCAGUAAGUGGAUUUUGAGCAUGGCCCUAAAGGAUGAGUAGAGUUUAAAAGCUGUGGAGUGCACACUGCAGAUGAGCAAAGCCUAUGGGUACAGGCCGACAUGGUGCAUGGAGGAGGCUCAGUGAGACUGAAGGGUUUGCUUUGGUAUGUAGUGAAGAACAAGAUUGACUAUGCUGGCUGGAGUUAGCUUUUGAAGAGUCAAAUCCAGGCAGCAUUUAGAUCAGGGGUUACAGCCCAGCAGCCCACGGGCCACAUCUGGUCUGCAGAUGUAUAUAGUUUGACCCACAGAAUGACUAAAAACUUGGGCUCCAAAUCAGGAGAUUGUACAAGCAGUAUCAGAUAUUCUGGAUUACUCAGAAUCUGGAUUACUGAGUGGUGGAAUAUCUGAUACUACUUGUCCUACAUUUCUGCAGGGCAUCAAUGAACUAGGGCUGAGAUAGUAGCUGUUUUGUUAGAUGAGGCACGGCUUUCCAGUGCGCUACAGUUUCCACAACUGCUUGUAUAAUAAUUUCCCUGACACUCAAAUCAUUUACCACUUACCAGCUGGGGUCACUUGCCCUUUAUCAGCACACUUGCACUGUUGUUUUCCUAUUCUAAUUAGGUAUUUCUCUGUGCCCAUGUCUCUAUCAAUAGUAGGGGAGAUAGACCAAAAAAAAAAAAAAA